GGGGAGGAGGGGCAGGGGUGAAGGGAUAAGGAGGCCCCGUGCGCGCCCCCAGCCACUGAACUGCCUGCUGGAGCGCUGGGUAAAGCUGUGGUAUCCCGCUUGCUUCCCCAGCCCCAAGGGGGAAAGGUCAGCGUCCUGGAGCCUCCGUGUCCCUCCCCGUCAGCCAUGAACUGCAGCGAGAGCCAGAGGCUGCGAACCCUCCUGAGUCGCCUGCUGCUUGAGCUACACCACCGGGGCAACGCCAGUGGCCUAGGCGCCGGCCCAGGCCCGAGCAUGGGCCUGGGGGUCGUGCCCGACCCCUUCGUGGGACGCGAGGUGACCAGUGCCAAGGGCGACGACGCCUAUCUCUACAUCCUGCUCAUCAUGGUCUUCUAUGCCUGUCUGGCUGGAGGCCUCAUCCUGGCCUACACCCGUUCCCGCAAGCACGUCGAGGCUAAGGACGAGCCGUCCCAUGCCUGCGCUGAGCACGAGUGGGUCCCAGGAGGCACCCCAGCCGACGCCGAGACUGCAGCCGGCUCUCCAGCUGAGGGCCGCCGCCAGCUCGCUUCUGGAGGGCUUCCUGCCCCUCUGCAUGGCAUCGAAGGGGUCUAGCACCACAGCCCCUGCUGCUUGCGGGCGCCCUCUUCCUCUUCUUGCUUCUGCCUGGGCGCAGCGCCUCCCCAUUUUCCUUGCUUUCUACUUCCAGGGAUUGCCUUACCUGAGGCCUGGACAGUGAUGAGAUGCUAGGAAACUUUGUAUGGGAGACCCUAGCCUCUCCUGGCCAGAUUCUCUCCCCCCUCUCCUCCAUGCCUUCAUCCCUAACACUCACCCCCAUCCCACAGCACCCCCUACCUCCAUUGCGCUAUAACUGCCUCUGCUCUUUUAUUUUAAGACAGCCCUGACACCAGCUCCAGGCCUUUGGGAACUGAAUCCAACACGUCCAACACUUGGCAUCAAACUGAAGCAGCGAUGUCUAGCAGAACUCUGGGCCGUCUAACUGGCAGCUGCUCCAGGGACUGCUCACUCUGCAGAGCUGCCAGGCUGGCUGCAGCAGCUUCCUGUUGCCUUAGGGACAACGACAAAGAAAAUGAAGAGGCUUCAGACAUCUUUCUUCUCCCUCCCUCUUUCAGCAGGGAGCUAGCAGGACACUAAGACCUGUCUCUGGGUUAGAAUGGACUUAAUGGGAACUGAAGGGUGUUGGGGCCUGAAAGGGAGUGGGGAGAGCUGUGACCCCAAUUUAUGGGUUUUAUCUUUGCAUCCAGUUGUCAUCCCAAAGGUAACUUGCUGUGAUUUCUAGUAGCUUUGUCAUCUUCUGCUCUGGAAAAUCAUAACUGGGUCUAUCACCCCGAUACUUGCAUAUAUCUUUUAUAUACUGGUUCAGUGUCUAUGGCAUCUGUCAACUUCAUACAUGGAAUCAAAGGCUCAAUAUCCCCUGACUUGUAAUUGGGGGAAUGUCAAGAGGCAAAUAAUAAAGAUUGUUUAAACACUAA